CCUGGCAGCAGCAGGAUGCUCCCAACCUUCCUGAGGACAGGUAAGAGCUGCCAGGAAGGGGGAGCUCCAACCCCAGGCUGGUUCCAGCUCCCGCCUCGGAGCCAGCCACAGCCAGGCAGGGAGCUCAGGGCAGCCUGGCACCAGUGGGAUGCCAGCUCCUGCCAUGCCAGCAGAGCCUACCACCAGCAGGUUUGGUGCCAGGGGGUGCGAGGCAGCCACUCCCCCCCGUGCCAGACCCCACUGCUGCCCCUCUGCCCACUGCACCAGCAGCCUGCAAAGCCCCAGCUGGAGCCGGAACCUUUGCUGUGCCCAGCUCCUGGAACCCUCCGUGUGCCCAAUUCCCGGAGCCCUCCCUGUGCCCGGUUCCUUCUUUAUCCCGGGCCAGGCUGGGGGGGCCCCUGGCACGCCCAGCAACCACCAACGCAAAUAGCCGGUGCCUCCUCCGCCCGCUCCCGCCCGGCGCACGCUGGGGCUCCAAUUUCCCGGCGUCAGCCCCCGCCACCGCUCAGCUGUCGUCCCCCUGUGCCCUGUCACUCCGCUGGCCCCGGCACCGCCGCGGCUGCCGCCGCCACCGAGCGCUGCGGGCUCUGCGGCCACCGGGGCCCGGCACCGGCCGCCCUCCGGGGGCUCCUUCAGCGCGGGGGGAGAGCGCCAAGCACAGGCAUGACGGAGAAGGAAGUGCCAGAGGCACCGGCUUCACCUGCUUCAGGUGGGAAACCCAAGAGCCGGCAGCUGCAGAAGCUGAAGCAAAUUUUCCAGCGAAAACCCAAGGAGGAGCCGGUGCAGGAGCCGCAGCCCAACGGGGAGCUGGUCAGCCCCUCGGGGGGACCCAUCUACUACAUCUAUGAGGAUGACGAAGAGGAGGAAGAGGAGGAGGAGCCCGAGCCCCCUCCCGAACCGGAGAAACUCGUUAACGACAAACCGCACAAGUUCAAAGACCAUUACUUCAAAAAGCCCAAAUUCUGCGAUGUUUGUGCCCGCAUGAUCGUCCUCAACAACAAAUUUGGCCUGAGGUGCAAGAACUGCAAAACCAACAUCCACCACCACUGCCAGACCUACGUGGAGAUGCAGCGCUGCUUCGGCAAGAUCCCUCCCGGGUUCCGGCGGGCGUACAGCUCCCCCCUCUACAGCGACCAGCAGUUCGCCGGCACCAAGGACCAGCUCGCGAACAGGAGCGACCCCGUGUUCGAGACGCUGCGGACGGGGGUGAUCAUGGCCAACAAGGAGCGCAAGAAGGGGCAGGACGACAAGAAAAACCCCCUGGCUGCGAUGAUGGACGAGGAGCCGGAGGCCGCGAAGCCGGUGGGGAGCAAAGCUGAGGGUGGCGCCUCCGAGGGGGACAAGAAGGCUGAGAAGAGCCCAACAGAUGACAAGAGCAAGAAGCCACAGCCGGGGGGGUUCCUGCAGUCCCACUACUUCGUGGCACUUUAUCGCUUCAAAGCCCUGGAGAAGGACGACCUGGACUUCCCGCCGGGGGAGAAGAUCACGGUGGUCGAUGACUCCAACGAGGAGUGGUGGCGGGGGAAGAUCGGGGAGAAAGUCGGGUACUUCCCCCCCAACUUCAUCAUCCGGGUGCGGGCGGGCGAGCGGGUGCACAAGGUGACGCGUUCCUUCGUGGGCAACCGGGAAAUCGGGCAGAUCACGCUCAAAAAGGAUCAGAUCGUGGUGCAGAAGGGGGAGGAGGUGAACGGUUACGUCAAAGUCUUCACCGGCCGCAAAGUGGGGCUGUUCCCUGUGGACUUCCUGGAGGAGAUCUGAGGGGGGGCUGCGGGGGGACCCCCGGGAUGAGGGGCAGAGACCCCCGGGAUGGGGGACACGGAGCCCCCCAGGAUGGGGACGGAGAGCGGCUGCAGGGCAGGGAUGGGCCGGGGGCACCCUGGGGAUGGGGAAUGGAGAAAAACCCCGGGAUUGGGAUGGGGGGGCCCUGGCUGCGGGACAGGUUUGGGGUCGGGGUGGCCACCCCCAUUCCUGCUGCUCCCUGGGGGGUCCCUGGGGGGCUGCUGUCCCCCCCAGGACCAGGAUGGGGGGACAGGAGGUGCCCCAAGGGCUCUUCCCCCGUGGUGCCUCCAGGGACGCUGGAUGCGGGGGGGGGGCACCCCCAGAGCCGCUGUGGAGCCCCCCGGGAGCGGGUGGGGGGACACCGGGGGUCGGGGGGGGUCUGGGGGGGUCCUGCCCCGGUGCUCCCGGUGCUCCCGGUGCUCCCGGGUUUGGCAAUACACGGCUGCGCUCACGC